CUCGGUUUGCGGCGAAAAGUUGUCCGAUCAGGAACUAACUAUUGCCGGUUUAUUGCCGAUAAGAAUUUCCAAAUAGCUUCAUUUUUGAAAGUUCAGCCCACUAUCAUUUAGCAAUGUCAACUGGAUGUCACCACCGAACAACCCGAAACAUUCCUACCAUCCGUGAAACUUCUAGGUGUCUCUUCUCUUAAGGUCACGUUCGAGGAGCUCAAUUCCCGCAAUGGCUGGCCUCGCAAGAGGCUUCUGCCUCCCUGGCCUCCGGCCCCUCCUUGCACCUCGUGCCGAGUCCGUCCUCCUCCGAUCCCGUUUCUUCAGCACCUCCGUUCUCCGGUUCGCUGGACCUGCUAUGAAAACAGCUCGAACUCCUACGGCCUCGAGGGCUGCUGCCGCUGCCUCCGCCGCCCAAAUGGCACCCAGUAAAUACGCCUUCAUCAAGAGUCUCGCUUCAAAACCAACCCCAACUGUCCUCUACGAAGGUCCCUCGCAUUUUUGGUUCUACUUUGGCUGCUGGUCGAGUGGGCUAUUCUUACUUGCUUGGACUGGAUCUACUACGCAUUUGGUAGUAAAGCAGCCUGAAGGUGUACCGCAAUGGAUCGGCAUUGUGUUUGGAACAGCAUAUCUCCUACUCGCUUCCAUGGGAACAUUCAUGAUCGCAAAGACUCCAAACAUUGUUGGACAGAUCCGCGUUCUUCCUUACCAGGCAUCCAAGAUCGCUCCCACCACACCGUUGCAGUUAGAAAUCACUGUUAAGAGAAUGGUGCCAUUUCUCAAACCCAAGGUCAUUGUCGCUCCGGUCAGCAAUAUUGCUCUCAAGACGCGCUUCUCGCUGCCAGAGGAGUAUGUGCCUCAACUGAGGCGCAUAACGUUGGAAGCGAAGGCGAAGGAGCAGCAAAAGGCCCUACAUGAGUUCGACAUGCAGCACAUCUUCACGAUGCCUUUCCGAAGAAUGGGUCGAACCCUGGCAGCCAUGUUUAACGGUGUCAAAUCUGCGUGGACUGAUAUGGGCUUUGGGUUCAUCAUAGUUGACGGCAAGAACUACAAGGUGGACGUGACCAAGGGCUUUGCUCAUGACGGCUUCAGGACGCUAGAGAAGCUUGUGGAUAUCAAGUCAUGAUGCGUCUACCCUAGAGGAUCAUGGUGAAGACCUCAACCAAAAUCCACCCACUCUUCUCCGGGGGUUGGGGGUGUCUCAUUAGCCUGUACUUUUAUUGUAUACAACAUUUAUGAAGAACAUAUGAUUUAUGGGCUGAGAAUAUCAUAGUACUGUAUGAUAGUUCAGCAUCUCAACUUGAGAUAUCAUUGGAUCACGAUGGAAACAAGUAAGUUUGGACAACUAGAGUACUGGUGAAAGGGAAAUAUUCACACCUCGUGAUAAAAUCGACCGAUCUGUCAGGCACACAAGCCUCAAGCUGCUCAACCAAGCGGGACUGUUGCAAGAAAGCAACGUUCCUAGUCACUACAAUGUGUUGCCAUAUACAAAUCGCUCAAGUUGACACCACUGCACCGGCUGAGACCGAGGCGGACAAGAACACAACACGUACAUUCGAGGCUGAUUGCAUUAUCACAUAUCCACUGUUCCAGGUGCGGGUACAUACUGCUUUCGAAAUCAAGUAGAUAAUACAAGACACUGUCCUGUAGGACUACGUGCAGAACAUGAGAUCUGAAGAUAUCCACAUGCCG